GUCACUCUUCGUGGACUGCACUUCUCCGCAGACUUGUGUAUUUUACUCACUACUUGAACGAGUAGUGCAUUGAUUUUAUCACGCGCAUGCAUCAAUAUCAUACUGUGAUAUAUUUGAUCCAGACAUGCGCACUGUGGAAAAUGAUUACGUUUACGAUCCUGUAGAUAGUGCUGGAGGCCAGAUACGACUCCUUUCGUUAAAAUUUGUCUUUCGCAAACGGCCUGACACAUUAGAAGGCACCAUGAAGAGUUACUAUCUACCGCUUUCUACGCUCUCACGAUCGCAGAGAAUAAAGCGCAUGGCCGCGUUGCCAAGCUUUGAGGCACUGUCAUAUGUUUGGGGGGAUCCUACACUUUCCCACAAUAUCGUGGUCGACGGGAAGAAGAUUGCGAUUACCGAGAAUUUGUUCAAAGCUCUCAGCGAUAUGCAGAUGUCUGCCGUUCAUGACAUACUAGUGUGGUCCGAUGCCGUGUGCAUAUGUCAACAGGACUCGGCAGAAGGAUCCGGCCAGGUGAUGCUGAUGCGUGAAAUCUACCAGGCAGCUUCAAGUGUCUACAUAUGGCUUGACAUCAGCCCUUCGGACACGGAGAGACAAAUUUGCUUCAAAGUCGUGAGCACGCUAACUGGAAACAUGGUUCUAUCUUCGUGGGAAGAAGGAUCCGAAGCGGAACCUGAACGGCAAGACAGAAGCACCGGCGAGAAGAUUUUCAAACCGAUUUCUUGGGCUAUUCGCGCGGGCGUGGGGUUUGGCCAGGCCAUGGUCGAGCUUGGCGAGGUCAUCGAGGAGACCAGCGAUGAACGAGCGGAGAUCAUGACUCUUGACGAUUCUUGGACACUGUGUAAAAAAAUAAUUACCAAGCUCGACGGAUGGCAACCGCGUAGUCGACGCCUGAAGAAAGUGUCAGAAGAGGAUAUGGCACUGGCAGCAAAUCAGAUCGACAAGUUGAUAUCCCAAGACUGGUCAUGGUUUGAGCGUAUUUGGGUCAUGCAAGAGCUCGGAGCGUCAGGAAAUCCUUGGGUCGUUGCUGCAGGAGCCUCGUUAGAGUGGCAGGAGUUCCUUGAAGCCGCGUGGUAUUUAUCAAAACGAAACAAAGCCCACAUACCUCAACGUAGCCGGGUGGCACUCAUCGAGUUGGAGUUGAUCCGUCGGGGAUUUUCCGAAAAUAAAAGACAGUCUCUUUAUAACUUGAUCCGAGCAUGCAGGUACAGACAAGCGACUGACCCUCGGGACAAGAUCUUCGCGCUUCUCGGUCUUAUGGGCGAUAAAAUGUCGCCACACCUAACACCAAACUACAAUAUCGACGUCAGGGAGGUGUAUGCUCGAGCUACCAUCCACAUCAUCUCCCAACAUCGAAUGCUAGAUCCCAUUUGCGGUUGGCAGACCGCUGGUCGCAUGGAAGGCCUCCCUUCAUGGACCCCCGACUACCUUUUAAAUCAAGACCUAGCUGUACAUCCCAUAGAUUCGCUGCAUACGGAUGAAAAACUUUUCAACGCAGCGGGAGCAGAUUAUCGAGGGAUUUACGACUACUUCGAUAGCGAACCACGGUUAGAAACAUGGUCCCAACUUCCGGUAAAAGGACUGGUUGUGGAUAUAAUUGGUUCAGGCUCAUGCUCUUUCCCUGAAGCCUCAGCCAGCGAUAUCAUCACACUGUGGCUUUCAGCGAUCCGCACUUCAUCAGAGUUGUCUCGUAUCAGAACAGAUACAGACGUCAUCAAACUCGAAGAGCUUGCACAACUCUCCAUACGAUAUGCCCAGCAUUCCCGAUCUCCAGAUCUUUUACUAAACAUCUUAGCUCCGCGAGGGUCGCCACUGCCGUAUAACCAUUUUCAGACGAACUUAGUCGAUUCGUUCGACGAGUCCUAUCUCGUGACGGCCUUCGCUAACUGUCUUUUCACUGGUCACAUCCUUGGCAACCGGCUUAAACCGUCAGACAUCCAGAUCAUGCGGAAUCUGGAUCCUCAGCUGGCGACUGGGGAAGCUGAAGAAGAUAUCGUUAACACAAUUAGUUCGAGCCUGAAAUUUGGAGUCGAAGGAAGAAACAUCGUGUUCUCCAAAAGAGGCUACAUCGGUACAGCUAGGGAGGAUGUAGUAGCUGGAGACUUGAUAUGCGUGCUCUUCGGAUGCAGUGUGCCGGUUAUCCUGCGAAAACUUGACGCGGACGAACAGUAUGCGUUUAUGGGAGAGGCGUAUGUUCAUGGCCUGAUGGAUGCAGAGGCUAUCGUUAUGCAGAUUAAAGGACAGCUAAAGGAGAGAAACUUCCUGCUUUGUUAAUGAGAUUGGUGCAGGUACGUAUUCAGCUUGACAAUGGACUGGAAAGUUGGCCAGGCUAUAGAGCUUGAUUAUUGAGCAGAUAGGAUUGACUACCGAAAAGGCUCCGGGUUAAUGACAUAAGGCUUGGAUACCCUUGGGUCGGUCCCAUGUACAGAGAUUAAAUUCAACGUGCUGAAAUCAUAACGAGUAUGUGAUUGAUUCUACGGUCGCGGUACUAUGUCCUGCAAAGAUAUUACUCUCUGCAAUUCGAU